UAAGAAAAAUUUAAUAUAAAUUUUGUGUAUUUUUUGCAGACGACAACAAAAGAAGGUUACCUAUUGAAACAAACAUGGACAUUUCAAAGAUGGAAACGACGAUAUUUCAAACUAAAAGGCCAUAAGUUGUUUUAUGCUAAAGCACCUGAAAGUGAACUGUUUAAUGAAAUCGAUCUAUCAAAUCUAUGUUUCGCCGAGUGUGGCACUAAAAAUAUUAGCAAUUGUUUUCAGAUCAUAACUCCAACGAAAUCUUUAGUGCUUGGAGCAGAAACUAGAAAAGAAAUGGAUGAUUGGUGUCAGGCAAUAAAAACUGCGACCACUAGAGAGUUUUUUGAUCCUAUACCAUCAGACCAGCAUGAUUUUUUAUCGGGGAAUCAUCAUUGGCAUGCAACAAGCCACGCUCGCCCAACAUAUUGUAAUGUGUGUAAAGAGGCGCUUUCUGGAGUUACUUCGCAUGGUUUAUCAUGCGAGGUUUGCAAGUUUAAAGUUCAUAAAAGAUGUGCAGCAAAAGCCAUAUCAAAUUGUAAGUGGACUACUCUUGCAUCUGUAGGUAAAGACAUAAUUGAAGAUCCUGAUGGCAAUUUAAUUAUGCCGCAUCAAUGGCAAGAAGGAAAUUUGCCAGUAUCAGCUAAAUGUAUUCAUUGUGAAAAAACGUGUGGUUCAGUCAUGCGAUUACAAGACUGGAGAUGUUUAUGGUGUAAAAUAACAGUUCAUACUGCUUGUAGACCAAAUGUGGAUGUUCGAUGUCCUCUCGGGACCAGUAAAGUUUCUGUAGUUCCACCAACAUGCUUGCAUUCAAUUGGUGUUGAUGAUGCAUGGGAUAUUGUUAAACCGACUGGAACUUGUUUUUCACCACUUUUAGUUUUUGUUAAUUCUAAAUCAGGCGACAAUCAAGGUGUUAAAUUUCUUAGACGUUUUAAACAGCUUCUUAAUCCUGCACAAGUAUUUGAUUUAAUUUCAAUUGGACCUGAAUUAGGGACUGGCAAUGAUCUUGCCAGAGUACUUGGUUGGGGCCCUUCCUGCGAUGAUGAUGCACAUCUGCCACAGCUUCUAGAUCGUUAUGAAAAAGCUUCAACGAAAAUGCUCGAUCGCUGGAGUAUAAUGGUAUUUGAAAAGGGAAUUUCAUUUCCUCGGCGGGGUAUGUCUAUAUCACACUCUCCUGAUGCUAUUUUGUCGCAAUUUGAAGAUAAUUCAAUGUGGCAUUUACAGUCAAUUAUUGAAACAGAUGAUUUUCAAGUUGUUAUUGCAUCAGUUAGAAUACUCUGUGAAACAAUAAAUGAUUUCAUAGCUAGAAUCAGUGAAACCCAUCGUUACGACGAGCAACUACUUAUUAAAUGUGAUAUUUUACGCGAACCGAGAAAACGAAGAUUUUCAUUUGGCAAAUCGGAAAAGGAUAAAAUUAAUGCUAAAGAGCGUACUAGUCGAUUGAUGAAAAGAUCGGAAAAAGAAGCAGUUCAAUGUAGAGCAAACAGUUUGAAGCGUAUUAUUCAUAAUAUUAUUGAGCAUGUUGAUGCCAAAACAAAAGGGGAAGGAAAUUUUCGAAAAAUGUCACUAAGAGCAAAUUUACAGCGAUUUAUACCGACAUCUUCUUCCGAGACAUCACCAUGUACUUCGCCUCUUCCAAUGUCAUGCAGUAAUUUUGCAACAUCGAAUGCACGAUUGACAUGCAUUUCUCCUCUUCCUGAUAUCAGACGUGAUUCUGUCGAUGAAAAUUUUUUUAAUACGCUUAGUUUGCCUGUCCCACGUCAAUUUGCAGAUGAAAGCAGACGUAACUCAGGUGUUCCUGAAAAUAUUUUGGAAGUAGAAGAAGAGAAUUAUUCAGAAAGAAGUGAAACAUCAAAAACUUCAAACCUAUUAACUGUACGUCAAAUUGAACAUAAUUUGAAAUUUAAAUAUGAUUUUACCACCAUCAAUAAUGUCGAAGAUGAAGGAAAAAAUAGCGAAAUAACUUAUAAAUUAAAUUUAGAGCAACGAGAUGAUGACGAUCUGCUUGCGUUUUGUCCUAUUGAAGUAUUUGAAAGAAAUUUUUUGCGUAAUUUACAAAAGAAAAAAAACGAAAAUGAGGAAGAACUACUUCUUAAGGAACAAGAAAAAAACUCAAUUAAAAUGACAGAACCUUUAUGUUCGUCGAUGCAUUUGCAACCAAAAAAGUUAGAAACAACGAAAGUUUUAAACUCAUUACAACUGCCAGUUUUGACGUUUCCGUUAAUGGAACGACCUCCAACGGACGAAAGCGUCUAUUCAAAUGAUCACAUGACAAUCAUUGAUACAGAUGUGCCAGAUCAAUCAUCGUCUGAUGAAAUAAUAGGUGAAACCAGUGAUAUAAUUUCUGCAUUAAGUAACGAAGAGUAUAGCGUGGCAUCAGAAAUUUUAGAUCAACGAAUAUCUGAUUCCUUUUCACUAAAUGUUGGUGAAAUAAUUCAGGAUUUAAAUGAUGACAGAAUAGGACAUAUUGACUCACCAGAAACUAGUGAGACAACGGAUGCUUUGCAUGGAGAGAGUUUAAUGGAUGAUAUAAGCUCUGUUUUGGGUCAUGAUUUCUUAGGGGCUUUGCAAGAUAAUACAAUCACAGAAGAUACAACGACUUUAUGCACAAUAGAUCCAUAUAUAAAUAAAAAUGCAAAAGCUAAAUUUUUCGAAAUAGUAAAUGACAAAAAAACUCAAUUUGGCUUUGAAAAUAGAGUUUUUAAUUUGCAUGAUAUUGGACAACUUUCAACUGAAACUGAAAAAAUCAAAUUACCUAGUUUGGCAAAAUUUGAAGAAGGAAAUGAUAUUGCAAGGAAAAGUUUUAAACUCUCACAUAGAACAGCUACAAAAUGUACUUCCGACCAAAAAUUAAGUAAUGAAACAAAAAUAACAACUGUAGCAGAAAAACCUAUUGAAUCGGACAAAAGUUCACAUUUGAAUACAAUUAAAAUACAAAUACAGGGUUCUGUGACAGACAUGUCGGUAGAAACGGAAUAUGAAAUACCUAAGACUCCAACAGAACGAAUUGAUUAUAAAAGUGCAAUUCUAACAGAUAUUUCAGACAAUGAAGACAAAGACGAACAAUAUUAUGAAAAGAAAAAAUACAAAGGUUCUUCUUCUGACUUUCACAUUUCGUCACCCCAUAUAAAAGCCCUUCGUGGAAGUGAAUAUUAUAGACGACAUUCAAGUCACACAUCAGGCAAUUUAACUGUACCGAGAGAAGUGGAUAUCAAUCGUAGACAUUCUAAUUAUAAUCCAAAUUUGUUGAACUUAAACUGCUCACCAGCUGCUUCGAGAAGAAUUAGUUGCGGGACUUUAUUUAAGAAUAAUACCAGGAAAAGCUUUAGUAGCGAAAAGGCUAACAAAGAUGAGCUGCAUAAACAGCAAUAUGAGUUGAAACAGGGACCAACAUCCAAGACUCUUCCAAUAAUUAAUCCUCUUGUUCGACUGCCGUCAUGGCCAAAUGUUGUUCAAUCUGGAUCCGGUUUUAUAUCAAAAUGUUUGCUUGCAAAUGCUGACACACUAUGUUCACUUGCAUGCCCAUUAAUGGAUCCUGAUGAAACAUUGCUUGAAGGCUUUUAUGAAAGAUGCGUCAUGAAUAACUACUUUGGAAUCGGUAUAGACGCAAAGAUAUCGCUUGAUUUUCAUAUGAAACGCGAGGAACAUCCAGAAAAGUGUAGGUCGAGAGCGAAAAACUAUAUGUGGUAUGGUGUCUUGGGAUCCAAACAGUGGCUUCAAAAAACUUACAAAAAUCUAGAACAACGAGUUCAACUAGAAUGUGACGGUCAGAAAAUUCCAUUACCUUCACUUCAAGGGAUAGUCAUACUGAAUAUUCCUAGUUUUAUGGGGGGAACUAACUUUUGGGGUCGAAAAGAAGACGAAAUUUUUCUCGCACCAAGUUUUGAUGACAGAAUUUUAGAAGUGGUUGCUGUUUUUGGCUCAAUGCAAAUGGCAGCUUGUCGAUUGAUAAAUUUACAACAUCAUCGCAUUGCACAAUGUCAAAGCGUUCAAAUAAAUAUUCUAGGUGAUGAAGGGGUACCGAUUCAAGUUGAUGGAGAAGCAUGGCUUCAACCUCCCGGAAUGAUACGAAUAAUUCAUAAAAAUCGUGUGCAAAUGCUUGCACGUAAUCGAAGUUUAGAAGUGUCAUUGAAAACUUGGCAUGAAAAACAACGCCAACAUAGUAUUUCAAUAACACGUGAGCAAACAUCGGUAACAUCUGAAUACAGUACAGCAAUAGGAGACAACUUUUUCACGGAACGAGAAACAUACUUACUAUUAAAUUUCAUCGAAUGUGUGAGUACUUUAGUAAAGUGGGUAAAGUUCUUAAUAAUUUCACAUCCAUCUUUACAACCUGAUUUAUAUACAAUCGCCUCUAAAACUGCUGAUUCACUCGAGGCAAUUCAUCCAAACGGUAAAUUACUAGAUGGACCAAACUUAAGAACAAAAUUAACGGAAUUAGUAGCGUCCACGCGACAGUUGUAUGAAAGCUCAUGUGAGUUACUGCGUGAACGAAGUCACAGUUUGAUCAUGAGAGAAGAUUUAGAAACAAAAUUAAGUGUUUCGUUAGCAAAUAUUGAAAUGGAAUUACGCAAAUGUACUAUGCAACGAAGUGAAGAUGGAACCAUGCAAAUAUAUCUUAAUGUGCUUGCACCAAACUAUGAAGGAAAUAUAGAUUUACGUAAAAAAAGUAAACCUUUUUGGAUGCGAUUUCGUUAUAAGGAUCAACCUCAUUCUACUUCUCAUACAAAUAGAAGUAGUACUCGCGAAACUGUUUGUAAUUGGGGUGUUAAUGAAGUAAUCGUUUGGUUAGAAGCAUUGCAACUUUCGGAAUAUAUUGAUAGUUUCAUUAAAAAUGAUAUACGUGGAAAAGAAUUAUUAACACUUGCUCGAAGAGACUUAAAAGAAUUAGGUGUCAUUAAAGUUGGGCAUGUAAAAAGAAUUCUUCAAGCUAUUAAAGAAUUACAAUCAAAUUAAAAAAAAUUUGCCAA